CAACCAAAAAGAGGAGAGGGUCUUCUUGCUUAAGCUUUUUUGACGAAGAGAGCAGGUGAGGGAAGACUUUGAUUAAGGGCGGUCAUACAGCUUUUUCAAGGCUAAUUAAGAAAAGGGAGUGUCACAAAGGAAGAUCCAUUCACCCCUGAGAAUGAAUCUGCCUCCUUUCUACAACCAUCUCUACUCUUAUGUGACUGGAAACAGUGAGAAAGUCGAACAGAAGAGAGGAAAAGAAAGAAGAAAAGACAAGUUGGAUAUGGCGACCUCAGAUAAGUUGGUUCAUAUGGUGACCAGAAAUAAGUACUUGGCUCAAGUUGGAUCCAAGAUCACAACUAUACUGUUUGUUUGGGCUCUAUUCAACCAGUACAUCCCUCAUCAGCUACGGAUCAAUAUCAGGAGAUACUUUCAGGGUUUGGUGAAUUGGAUUCACCCUCUAAUCCGAAUCAAAUUCAAUGAAUUUCCAGGAGAGCGGUUGUCCAGGAACGAGGCUUACUUGGCCAUCACCAGAUACCUAAGCUCCAGUUCCUCUAAGCAAGCGAAGAGGCUGAAGGGCGAGAUUAUUAGGAACAGCAAAAUUGUACUUCUCAGCAUGGACGAUCGAGAAGAGGUUGUGGAUGAGUUUGAGGGGGUAAAAGUAUGGUGGUCUUCCGGGAAGACUUCCUCCAGACCCCAUCCAUUUAGUCCUAACCCUUCUAUUGAUGAAAGGAGGUUCUUCAAUCUCACUUUCCAUCAACGGCACCGGGAUCUCAUCACCGGAAGGUACCUGAAUCAUGUCAUACAGGAGGGCAAGGCUAUGAAGUCGAAAAACCGGCAGCGGAAGCUUUAUACCAACAAUGGAGGAAUGUGGAGUCAUGUGGUGUUUGGGCACACGGCCUCCUUUCAGACACUAGCGAUGGACCCGGAGAAGAAGAAGGAGAUUAUGGAUGACUUGAUUGCAUUCAGCAAGGCUGAAGAGUUCUAUGCAAGAAUUGGGAGAGCUUGGAAGCGUGGGUAUCUCCUUUAUGGUCCUCCAGGGACUGGGAAAUCCACCAUGAUUUCUGCCAUGGCCAAUCUUUUAGGAUAUGAUGUUUAUGACCUUGAACUUACCUCUGUGAAGGAUAACACUGAUCUGAGAAGGCUAUUGAUUGACAUAUCGAGUAGGUCUAUUAUUGUGAUUGAAGACAUUGAUUGCUCACUCGAUGUCACUGCUCAAAGGAAGAAGACAAUGGAGAACGAUGGAGAGGAGGAAGAGAAGGCCAAAGUUCAGAAACACGCGAAGGAAGAAAGGAAACCCAGCAACGUUACACUAUCUGGGCUCCUGAAUUUCAUUGAUGGGCUCUGGUCGACUUGUGGGGGAGAGAGAGUCAUGGUCUUUACAACCAAUCAUGUUGAGAAACUCGAUCCGGCUCUCAUUAGGAAAGGAAGGAUGGACAAGCACAUAGAAUUGUCCUACUGUACCUACGAAGCAUUCAAAGUCCUGGCUCUGAAUUAUCUUAAGCUGGAAUCACACCCUCUGUUUGCUACAAUUGAUGAGUUGUUGGGGGAAAUUAAUAUGACUCCGGCCGAUGUUGCUGAGCAUUUGAUGCCUAAGACCAAUUCAAGUGAGGCUGAGCCCUGCUUGGAGAGUCUGAUUCGAGCUCUGGAGGCUGCCAAAGGAGUAGCAAGUUUGAAGGCCAAGGAAGAAGCUAGUGUUGUUGAUGACAACUGAAGAAGACACCGAAGAAAAGGAUUGGCCGUGGAAGGGAAAGACUAAUAAUAGGGACCGUAUGAAUGUGAGCGUAGUUUCUGUUUCCAGAAAGUAUAUUUUGAAUGAAAACCAAUUUCUAUUACUGCAA